AUGACUACCACAGUGGUUGAUUUGGAUAAGGACCUAGACCUGGCUUCGUUCAAGUUCGAUGACGACUACAAGGGAGCCUGGUUCUUUCCUAAAUCCAAGAGGAAGCUCACUCUAUUUUUGGUGUAUAUGAUUGGAUUCUCCGAAGGGCUCUUACAUUUGGCGUCACUCGCACUUUAUUACAUGUUCAAGGACGAUCUUUCAUUGUCGCCUUCACAGUUAUCUGCUGUGUACAUUGUACCAUCCAUACCGUAUCUCACUCGCCCGGUAUUGGCAUAUAUCACCGAUUCAAAACCGAUAUUUGGAACGAGAAGAAAGCACUAUCUCAUACUACUCAGUUUAUUGCAGUCGUUUAGUUUUCUAAGUUUGGCAAUAUUCCCGCCAACACUUUGGGGUGCGUUGUUGUCUCUGUUCUUUAUCCAGUUUUCUCUGGCAUUUUGUAUCACUAUCGCCGAAGCUCUGGUUGUCGAAAAUAUAUCCAAAGGAGAUGAUAAUUUGAGCUCAUUUAUCGGAUCUAGAGCUCUCGCGUCAUUAUUGGUUUCAUACUAUUCAGGAUCACUACUUGAAACUUACUCGAAAGAGCGCAUAUUUGUCAUAACUAGCAUGUUCCCGCUUCUAAUCACAUUCUUUAGUUUGUUCUUGCACGAGGAUAAGGCUGUUAUUGUAUAUACUUCUCAUCCGGCAAAGGAACUCAUUAUCUUUUUGAAAAAUCCGGUUAUCAUGUAUCCUGCGCUCUAUGUUUUUGUGUUGGUUUGUGGUCCAGAUUAUUUUGAAUCGCUAUUUUACUACAUUACAAAUGAACUGGGAUAUACCGCUACGUUCAUGGGUACAUUGCGACUUGUGUAUGGUAUUGCUGCUUUAUCAGGUAUAUUGGCUCACAAGUAUUUAUAUGGGAGUUCUGGAACACGAAAGAUACUCCUAUGGUCUACACUUAUCGCGCUCCCAUUUUAUAUGUCACCAGCCUUGUUGACAAGCGGAAUGAACAAGAGUUUAGGAAUCCCAGACAAGGUUUUAAUUCUCUGCGGUGGAUUUUUGUUGGAAGCUAUUGGAGAAUUGCAAAUUUUGCCUAUAUUGACAUACACAUCCAAGAUAGCCCCAAAGGGAUUGGAAGCCAGUGUAUUUGCUGCACUCAUGACGGUAAAGAGUCUCGGGCUUGCCGUAAGCAAGAUAUUUACAGCCCUACUUGUAUAUUUCAUGGGUAUUACAGCUACAGACUUUUCGAAUUUGACAAAUUUUAUUUUGAUUUGUGGAAUAUUAUCGUAUAGUGCCAUUUUUGUUUUAAAGUAUAUUCCCAGCGACGAUGAAAUGGAAGUAUUUGUCACUCAACAAAUGAUGGCACAACAAAUUACAAAUAAUCCUUAAUUUUUAACCUUGU